CAAGUAUGUACAGUGAAUAGUGGUACCGUGGGAGGCUGACCAACAAAGAAGAGAGAGGAGAGAUAAAGAAAAAAAGAAACGAAAGCAGAAGUACUAACAUCGAUCGAGGUUGCAAAACAAAAUCUAAUUCCCCCUUUUCAAACCAAAAAUAAAAAUAAUAAAUCAACACCCAAAAAAUAACACACAAAACCCAGAAAAACACAGGAGCAAAAUUAGCAAAUGCAGUUGCGGGAAGAGAGAGAAAAUUAAUUAAGCUGAGAUAUCUUCAAAAUUUUGCUGACAAUUCAAAUAAGUUUUGAAGAAUUACAUAUUUUUCAUUUUCUUCACUCAAGACUCAACCUUUUGAAGCUACUUGCUUGCGAUAUUCAAUAAGAUUUGAAUUAUACAGGAGUUAAUUUUAGGGUUUGAGUGAUUUAUGAAGAUAGUCAGAUCUUUACUUGGGUGUCUCAUAGUUUGAAAUUUAGGGUUGAGUAUGUGUUGGUAGUAUGUAUUGGCAUUUUUGUCAACUUUUGUAAAUUUUAGUAUGAUGAUGAAGUUGAAGAUUGCUGAGAUUUGAAUUGGGGUUUUUUUUGUGUUGUAUGAGUUUGUGGGUGUGAUUGUGGGAGAAUGCAACCCGAAAAAAGUUCGCGAAUGGACACGAGUGAACUCAAGAUUCACUUGUUAAAGAAAGUUGGUUCAGAGAGGUUUAAGAGUUACUUCUAUUAUUUGAACAGAUUUAUAAAUCAGAAGUUAAGUAAGAGUGACUUUGAAAAGAUGUGUUAUCGGAUACUUGGGAGGGAAAACCUGCCUUUGCAUAAUCAGAUAAUAAGGGCUGUUUUGAAGAAUGCUUGUAGUGCUAAGACCCCUCCUCCGGUAGUUCAUGAAGCGGACCCCACAAAACCUGCUAUAUCAGCUGGAAAGUGCUUGGAUGGGCAUGUUCAGGGUGCAGCUGUAGCUCAGAAUCAAAGUUCUGUGGCUCCUGUUUGGUCGAAUGGGAUUGUUUUGCCUAUGUCUCCACGAAAAGUGAGGUCUGGGAUCCGUGAUCGGAAGCUCAGAGAUCGGCCAAGUACACUUGGGCCAAAUGGGAAAGUGGAUUCUACUUCACAUCAGUCUGCAACCGACGACACUGGCGUUAAGAUAGUAGAGAAUGGGAAUUUGAUGGGAUGCGAAUACCAACGACUUUUGCAGCCUUCACAAGGGCUCAUUGAGCAAUCAGAGGAUGAAGAGAAACUGAUGAUAAAGAAAUCUUUAGAUGUUUCUGUUAGUGUCCGUGGUAACGAGCAGAAUAAUAUUGUUGUUAAAGACGGGGAUGAGGUGGAACAAGCUAGCCAUUUGAAGGUCUCCAAAAGUCCUCUACUUGCCCCUCUUGGUAUUCCGUUUUGCUCUGCUAGGACUGGUGGAGCACGCAAGUCAUUACCUGCGAUGCACAUUGGUGAUUACGUUAGCUGCUUUGAUAUUGGUGGACUGUCUGAUAGUGGCAUGAUAAGAAGGCGAAUGGAACAGAUUGCAGCUUCCCAGGGUCUUGGAGGGGUUACAAUGGAGUGUGCUAAUACCUUAAAUAACAUGAUGGAUGUAUAUUUGAAACGACUAAUCAGCUCUUGUUUAGAGUUAGUUGGUUCUCGAUCUACAACUAACAGGUCUCUGUAUUCUGUUCCGAAACAACAAACUCACGGCAAACUUAUGAAUGGUUUGUGGCCAAGUAAUCAUUUACACAUGCAAAGUAGUGAUCAUCUAGAAGAGCAAAGGGAUAAUCAUUUAGUUUCUUUGCUUGAUUUCAAGGUUGCCAUGGAGUUAAACCCUCAACAACUUGGAGUAGAUUGGCCUUUGCUGUUAGAGAAGAUAUCCAUGCACGCGUAUGAAAAAUAAGUUUUAACAAGGAAUAUUUUGUGUUUUCCCUCUUAUCCUGAUGGGUUGAUCAUUAUGGCUCGAAGAACUUGAUAUAUAUGACUGGUUAUCAAUUAUGUCAAAGGACAGAUUGAAUCUUCCUCUAUCCUAAGCACUAUCACAUGAUCUACUAAUCUCCUUGCGAAUCACGAAUCAAAAAAAUCGAAUUAUGGUCGGUUUCGGGCUAUUUUAGGGUCAUUUUGAGCGAAUCGCAAAUUCAAAAACGAAUUAAUUGGCGAAUCAUGUUACACUGAUCCUAAGCCAGAUGACUUCUACCCAUCAGAUGUCGCUCGACCUUCACAAGAUCAAAUGAAGGUUUUGAGCAUGAGAUGUCGUUACAGCUUCUUUCGGAUAGUUUGUUCAUGGUCAGGAAUUUAUUUACUGGCAAGCAUUGAAUGGGUUCGUGGGGAAUCCAGUUGUGGUUGCUCGGUUGUAUGUUUAGCAUUCUUGUUGGCCGUCAUCGCCUUCUUCCUAUAGCCUAAGUCAUGUAAUAUAGCCAAGAGGAGGACAUAUAGAAAGUUUUGCAGGGAUAUUGUUGUUUAGCUUGGUAAAGGUAAUAUUUACAUAAUGCUAGAGCUACAAUGUUGCUCUAUUUGUGCUUUUAGAUUAAAGUUUAAUUCCAACAUUAAUAAUAACACAUUAACUUCUCGAUAGCUUGUCUUUGUAGCUCGACUCUGAAAAAUUCCCAUUGUGAGGGACCCACAAUUCUUGCUUCUAAACAGAUUGUGCUAUUGUCAAUAAAAUAGUUCAGCAAUUUCACUAAUAUUGGAUAUUCUUUUGGGUUAUAUGUCUCUUGCAAAUAUUUGAUUUGUUUUCUUUUUAUCUCUUGUUAAACAAAUGAAAUUCUCCAAACCUUUUCUAUUGGUAUUCUUUUUAUCUUUUGCACGGAGGGUAUGCUGUUGGAAAACAGGAACAAAAGUUAUCCAACUGCUUUGCUUGUUUUCAGUUGAAAGAUGAAAUUUUGCUUGAUAGUCGGUUAAUUUAUUGCCAAUUUCUGCAGUCAAAAAUUAUUUUACAGCCAAAUUAAAUGUAUACUUAGUUUGUGCUUUUUUAAGCCGUAAGUAUUAUAAUACUGUCCACUAAUGGAGCUGUGAGAGUAAAAAUGGGAAAAAAAAAGAAAAAGAUAAAAAAGGAGAAUGAACAUAUUCGAGAGGGAAGAAAAGAAGAUGCACGAGAACAGUGCAAUAUUUGAAAUUGCCAUGGAGUUGUGUUGAAGGAGUGGUUCGUAGCCCUUCUUUCCAUGCCAUGUUUGCUCGAGCGGAGAGAAAUCUCGGUUGAAGCAAUUUCAUAAACAUUGAGGGGACUGUACAAUGAUGAUGGCCUUUACCGAGUAUUCAUGCUUUUUUGUCAUUGCUGACUCUUCAAUCUGUCAGCGGUUGUAAAAUUUUGUAUGGAUGAUUUUUGGCUUCAAAAUUUGUAACCUCUGUCCUGGAUUGCAAUUAACAAAAAGAUUCAAUGUUGGGCAAUAGCAAAUUUUGGAGGGAAUUGAAAGACAACAAGAGAUACUUGAUGUGGACAUCAAUCAUUGGAAAUUGAAAGAAACAACAUUCUGUUACCCCAAAGCCAAUAAAGCUGAGUUUUAGAGGAUAUCGAAAUGAGAAAAGCGAAAUUGAGAAUAAGAGUUGGGUAUGCUCUUUUCUCAGUGUACUUGAUUGGUGCUUUGAAUAGCUCUGAAGACCAUUCUUUAUACUUGUGCUGGACCCUUGAAAAAAAUGGAGAAAAAGUAAUAAGUGAAGAUCAAGAUGCCAUUUCAUGAGCUCUAGCAGAGACAACAAUGGGUGAAAAGUUUUGGUUAAUUUUCCGAAGUUGGAAAUUAAUUCAGCACGACAACAGGGUAUUAGCGUUUACUCAAUGCGUUCAUGUGAGCUUGGCUUGGACAUUUCACAUGAUAUGAACAUUCAUCUUUCGCUUUUGUUCGGCCUUCCUGCAGAUUCACAUCUACAUAUAAAGUUAUCAUGUAGCUCUUCAAAUUUCAAAUUAUUUCUGAUGAUGUUGUUAACAUAGUCAUUGACAUUUGUAUGAGGUUUUAUUUCUAAUAGACAUACAUGAUGCAUCUUUUAGCUUUACUUUUUCAUUAUGUUUUCAUUUGUAAUUUCAUCAUCAUCAUGAUAUCCGGUAAAUCAUGUUCAUGGAAGCUAUGUUCAAGUGUGGAAAUGAUUGAAAACGGCACUAUAUUCUUAUCAAAGAAAAUAAAAAGGUUGCGAUAAGUGAGGCUCUCGCCUCCAGACAAACUUGCAAAUGAAAACAGAAAAUAAGACUUUCAACUGAUUUUGACCUUUUGCAAACAUUUUGCUGAGAAUUUGAAGAAAUUAUGUGUUUUUGGGUUGUCCAGGGCAUGAAUGUCUUGAGAGUCCCCAUCUAUUGUCAAAAUCAAGUGACUUAAGAUUAGUGGUUAAACUGUUUAAAUUCUGGGUAAAUUGGCUGCACUUGAUUCAAAGCGAUUUUGCUUAUAAUCUGAAGACUCGGGAAUUAUUGGUCACCGUAGGGAUGACAAUGGGUUGGACUCAACUCAGAUUAUUCAGCCUUCGACUUUGCUCUGGAUAAACUUGAAUUAUGUUUUUCAGUCCACCUCCACUCAGAGUCGAAUUAUGCAUAAAUUUACUUCGACUCGAACUCUCAACCU